CCAUGUAGCCAAGGGCAACAUAAAACAUGGCCACAAACCACUUGGAGGGGGUGUUUACAAUAAAGUGAUAUAUAAAUCUUGUUAAAAAUAAAAGCAGAGGUUCAGAAAAAUUCAUGAAGAUGGAUAUAUUCCCCUUCCACAGUUGGAGGUAGGAUUGUACAGGUUUAGGGGAAUCACAUGUAUGGAAUCGCCACUGUCCUCAUCUCCUGCUUGUUGGCUUCCCUUUGGGGCACCUGACUGGUCACUGUGAGAACUGGAAGCUGGAAUUCAUGGGCCCUUGGUCUGAUCCAGUUUCAGAACUCUUCUGAUGUCAAUAAAAGUUAGCCAAACUCAGCUUUCUCCCUCCAUGAUCCACCUCAGUGUAUUGAGUAAACAUGUUUUUGCCCUACUCUGCACCUGCUCCCAUAAAGUUCAGAGGAGAUCUUUCUCCCUUAAUAAUUAUCAGAACUACAGUUAUCUAUGCUUAUUCUUUCCAGAGUCCAAAUGACUCCCUCACACCCCUUUCAAUGUUACCUAUGGGAACAAUAAUGUAAAUAUCACAGUCAGGCUCAGAAUGAUGUUAUUUAUUCCACUAUGCCUGAUGCAUAAAAUACCUCAUGUGCCAUAGAAUAUUUGGGGCCAAGAUACAGGGCAGGUGAAGGAGUGAGAUACGUUUGCGUGAAGGUUACUCAGAAUACAGGAAGCUGAGCUAUGUAGCUCAGUACUAUCUACUGACUGAGAGCUCUCCAGAUAGAAAACAUUCCCAGCUCUACGUGCAGAGUUUAGUGGGAUUGAACCUAGCAUCAGAGCUGUAUUUCUCAAGUCCUGUAUUUCUCAAAAGAGUUUGGGGUUUCUUCUUAUUAGCUGGCUAUGGAGUUGGGAGGAAGUCAUAAGGGACGUGUGGCAGGCAGACCCAGUAUGACAACACUGCUUCUGCUGCUGCCUCUUUCCACCUACGGAAUGCAGCAGAAGGCCAAAUGUCCACUGAAUCUGAUCAGGGAUGAAAAUUCUGUUAUGAAUUUCUACAGAUCAGGAGACUACCUCAUUAGUGGAGUCACACCUUUGAAAUAUAUUAAAGAUCUCUCUCCAUUCACCUUUUCAAGCACCCCGUAUAGCAAGCUUCAGUCCCGGAUGAAUGGGAGGGACUGGCACAUUCUUUCCUUCCUGCUUGCUGUUCAGGAGCUCAAUCAUAACCCUGUGCUCUUACCCAACAUCACCCUGGGCUACAGCAUUUAUGAUACUUAUUUUGAUGGAAGAACAACUUCUGAUGCCCUGACAGACCUCCUUGCUGGUGGGAAAAUCAACAUUCCAAACUACAGCUGUGGAAGACGGGAAAAACUGCUGGCAUUUCUUGAAGGGGGUGAAUCCGAUAUCUCCACAUACAUUGCAAGCAUGCUGGGCACCUACAAGAUCCCACAGCUCAGUUACGGCUUAGUUCAGGAUGAUGUCCAAUCCCCUUUUGUCUAUCAUAUGGUUCCAAAGCAAGAAACUCAGCAUCUGGGGAUGGUCCAACUCCUGCUGCAUUUCAGGUGGACGUGGGUCGGUCUCUUUGCUCCAGACAAUGACAAUGGAGAAAAGUUCCUGAGUACCUUGACACCCUUGAUGACCAGCAAGGAAAUCUGUGUUGCCUUCACAAAAAGAGUACUACUACAUACUUGGCUAUGGUUACCCCAUGAACAGCCUGCAGUGUGGAGACAAGUCAAUGUAUUUGUUUACUACACAGGCUCUCAAUAUGGACUUCAUAUAAUCAUUGAGGUACAAUCCUUCCUUGAAAGGUUACAAACUGGGGGUAAAGUCUGGAUAACUACAGCUCUACAGAACACAAUCUUGUUCUAUGAUACCGAAUCGUUCCGUUAUGCCCAUGGCUCUUUGUCCUUUAUACUGAAGACCAAAAGAAGGACAAAAAAGGACUACUAUAAGCCAAUGUCUGGUGCUAGUCUAAUAAUUUGGGCAGAAAAUUUUGAUUGUUCAUAUUCAAAGCAUGCCUUGUCUGUGAGGGGUUGGACAAGGUGCAGGGAGAAGGAGAAUCUGAAGAUGCUGCCCAGGGCGGAGAUUGAAAAAAUUCAGUCCCAAGACAACUAUGUCAAUUACUACAGCGUCCAAGUCGUGGCUGAGGCCUUGAAUGCUGCAUAUUCAUCCAGCUCAAAACGGAUGUUGACGGUGGGUGCUGGAAACAAGUUGGAACCUGAAAGGCUACAGCCAUGGCAACUUCAUCCUUACUUGAAAGAAGUCCGGUUCUCUUCUAAUACUUCAGCUGGUGGACAGAACUUGGAUGAGACCGGAGCAUUGGCCAUUGGAUUUGAUAUCGUGAAUUGGGUGAUGUUUCCUAAUAAUUCUCGUGCUAGAGUGAAGAUUGGGAGCAUAGAGAGACAAACUUCCCCAGAUCUAAAGUUCACCAUAAACCCGGAAGCAAUUGUAUGGUCCAAGCCUUUUAACAAGAUGGUGCCUCGUUCAAGAUGCACAGAAAGCUGUCUCCCUGGAUAUUCCAGAAAAGUUCAGGAAGAGAAGCCGCCCUGCUGCUAUGAUUGCUCUCCCUGCUCUGAAGGGACCAUCUCCACUCAGGAAGAUGCUGAUGAAUGCAUCAAAUGUCCAGAAGAUCAGCAUCCAAAUGAGGACCGAGACCAUUGUGUCCCCAAAGUAAUAACCUUCCUGUCCUAUGAAGAAUGUUUGGGGAGCAUCCUGGCUUCCCUUGCCCUCUUCUUAUCCUUAGCCACAUGUUUUGUGUUAGGAAUCUUCAUUAAAUACAAGGAAACACCAAUAGUCAAAGCCAACAACCGGGACCUCUCCUACAUUCUCCUCGUCUCCCUCCUGCUUUCCUUUUUGUCCUCCUUCCUCUUCAUUGGGAAGCCAAGGAAAGGGACCUGCCUUCUCCGACAAACAGCCUUCAGCAUCAUCUUCUCAGUUGCUGUCUCUUCUAUCUUGGCAAAAACCAUCACUGUGGUUCUGGCUUUCCUGGCGACUAAGCCAGGAAACAGGGUGAGGAGAUGGCUAGGGAAGUGUUUGGCCAAUUACAUUGUCAUUUCCUGUUCCAGUGUCCAAGUUAUCAUAUGCACCAUCUGGCUGGGGAUCUCUCCUCCAUUCCCAGACUCAAACAUGCACUCCCAGCCUAAAGAGAUCAUCCUGCAGUGCAACGAAGGAUCUGUUGCCAUGUUUUAUGUUGCCCUCGGCUACAUGGGCUUCCUAGCUGCCAUCUGCUUCAUGGUGGCUUUCCUAGCCAGGAAACUGCCUGGGGCCUUCAAUGAGGCCAAGCUGAUCACCUUCAGCAUGCUGGUCUUCUGCAGUGUUUGGGUGUCCUUUGUGCCCACUUACCUGAGCACCAAAGGGAAAUUCAUGGUAGCCGUGCAGGUCCUCUCCAUCUUGGCCUCCAGUGCUGGACUUCUGGGCUGCAUCUUUGUUCCCAAAUGCUACAUUAUUCUACUAAGGCCUGAUCUGAACAUGAAGGAGCACCUGACAAUAAAAAGCUAAAUGUGACAUUUGAUCACAGCUUGUUGUGGGGAUCUUUAAAAAGAAAUCUGGAUCCUGGACACAUUUGUGAUGG